AUGCGUAUAUUACAAAUAUCACCCUUAUUUUGGAAUUAUUGGGCGAGUGUUGUAUAUAUUUUGGGCAGUAUUAGUUAUAUGUUUAUGGAUUCAUUUUGUUUAAUAUUUUCUGUUGAUAAUUAUGCAUCAUUUGUUAUCUAUAUCAUUCUUGCCAAUUUGUUUGUAAUUGAUGCUAUUUUAUAUGCAAUUGAUUGGUAUACGUACGCUAUUCUAUUACGUAAACAUAAAAAUGAUUUAAUAAAUUAUCGAUCUGAAUUAAUAGCAUGUAUUUUUCAACAUUUCGGAAGUUAUUGUUAUUUGUUAGGAGCAAUAUUGGCUUUAGACAAAACAAAAUAUAUGGCAAAAAUACUUAUCUUAAAUAUUAUUGGUAUAUUUAGUCUUGUGCUUGAAGCAAUUUUUACCAUUAUUGGUUGGCAGAUAUCGCUAAGAACAAGCACAUAUCUUAGUCAUAAACAUUUCGUACAUGAUAUUUAUUUUUGGGGACAUACUCUCAAUUUAACGGCAAGUCUCAUGUAUCUGUUAGCAACGAUACUUGCCGGCAUAUUUUUUCGAAUGAAAUCAAUAAAAUAUUCUUUGAUUGUUCAAUUAUUACAAAUUAUUGGAGAUAUUAUAUAUGUUGUUGACUCAUUCGUUUAUAUGGGAUGUUAUAUGGAAGAUAAACGUAGUAUUGAAGAAAACCGAGAGAAAGAGAGUAUUAAAGAAAAUAUUUCUCACCAGGUGUAUGAUAACCCUGGUCAAGAGUUAGAACCGAUAGUUAAUAAUAAAAAAUAA